GUGGAAACAUGUUCUCGCCUACAUCGACGAUACUAUUAUAUAUUCAAAAAUUUUUUAUGAACAUAUACAACACAUUGAAGAAGUAUGUUCAUUAUUACAGGAAGCAAAUUUUUAAUUAAAUGUCAAUAAAUGUGAAGUCGCAAGAUCGGAAAUAUUAUUCCUUGGUCACCUUAUUAAAGAAGGUUUUAUUAAACCAGACCCAAACAACAUCCGUGGCCUAGUUGAAACAAAAGAACCAACAACAGCUGAAGAAGCAUUUAGAUUUGUCAGAGCAGCAGAAUACUACAGAGAAUUCAUUCCAAAAUUCUCCAUAAUCGCUGCACCACUACACAGAUAUUCACCAUCAACACUGAACCAACAGAAAAUGAACAAAUCAAAAUUUGUAUUAUCAGAUGACGCAAGAACAGCAUUCCAUGAACUCAAGAAGAUAUUAACAACCGAUCUUAUCCUCGGUCUACCUGAUGAUACAUUACAAUUUAAAAUACAAAGUGAUGCUAGUGUCGAUGGAAUUGGCGCUGUUUUAUUACAAAUUACUCCUAAUGGUGACCGACCAUUAGCAUAUAUGUCGAAGAAAUUAAUGAAAACACAAACAAACUGGUCAACCAUCGAACAAGAAUGUUACGCAAUAGUACAAGCAAUCGACAAAUGGGACAAAUAUCUUCGUGGACAUGAGUUUAUAUUAGAAACUGAUCAUGAACCAUUAGUAAAUUUACCCAACAAGGAACAAUUAAACAAAAGAUGCAAUCGAUGGCGAUUGAAAUUAGCUGAAUAUAGAUUCAAGGUGAAACACAUACAAGGAAACAAAAACAAUAUGGCAGAUUAUCUUUCAAGAUCACCAGUUGAAGCAGCUGAAGAAGAUAUUGACGAAAGAAUUCCAUAUGAAUCAAAAUUCACACACACAGAUUUACCAUUACCAUCAUUAGACAAGUCAAUUCCAUUAAAAAUAACAACAGCAAUUACUCGAGCUCAAGCCAAAUUACAACAACAAACAACGGCAACACCAUCCAACACAACAACCGAUGGAAAAGUAAUGGAGCUCAUUCCAAAAGGGAAAGCAGCGAUUGAUAAAGAAUCAAUGUCGGAUCUACUGGACGAAAAUCCAAAUAAAAUCAUCCCAUUCGAUAUGAACGAUUUAAGACAAUGGCAAGAAAAAGAUAAGAUAGUACAAGACAUAAAAAAGAAUAUUCGAAGUAAGAAAAAUUAUUUUAUUGAGAAUGGUAUACUAUUUAGAAAACAACAACUACCACUUGCAUCAGUACCAGUUGUUCCAGCCGGACGAAUACGGGCUGAUACAUUAAAAAUUUAUCAUGACACACCUGGUAAUGGAGCUCAUUUUGGACGUGAUAAAACAACAAGAAAAAUUCAAGAACGUUAUUAUUGGCCAACAAUGAUAACGGACAUUAGAAAUCAUUUAACUUCAUGUUUACCAUGCGCACAAAACAAUCAUCGUCGUCAAAAAUUACCAGGAGCAUUAAAACCAAUAAAACCACCAGAAGGAAUUUGGAAAUUAUUGAGUAUGGAUUUUCAUGGACCAAUAGCUCCAACAUCCAAACAAGGAAAUAGAUAUAUUAUAUCUCUGACAGAUAUACUAUCAACAUUUGUAGUUGCAAAAGCUGUUCGAGAUUGUUCAGCAACAACAGCUGUAAAAUUUCUUAUCAAUGAUGUUAUAUUAAAAUAUGGAACUCCAACAUGUAUUUUAACUGAUAAUGGUACUCAUUUUACUGCUCAAAUUAUGAACAAUUUAUUUGAACACAUUGGUGUUACUCAUUUAUAUUCUACAGUAUAUCAUCCUCAAACGAAUGGACAAAUCGAACGAUUUAACGCUACAAUGGAUGGUAAAAUUGCAGCUUUAUGCAAUGAACGACGUACAAAUUGGGAUGAGGUAUUACAAUAUGUUACAUUUAAUUAUAAUACAUCGAUACAUGCAACAACAAAACAAAUACCGUUUGAAAUCAUGCAUGGAAGACAAGCAACUCUACCAUUUGAUCAACAAGAUGCAAUAAUAUCGCUCACACAAGAUCCAGAGCAUUGCCAACAAAUUAAAACAUAUAUUGGAAAAUUAGAAGACGAAGCAAGAAAAAAUAUUUUAAAAAGUCAACAACAAUACAAAGCUCGAUAUGAUUUAAAUAGACAAAAUUUAUCAUUAAAAAUUGAUGAUUUAGUUCUUGUGAAGACAAGAAACGCUCGAAACAAAUUCGACAUUAGAUAUGAAGGUCCAUUUAAAAUUAUUAAACAAUUAGGAAUUAAAACAUUCACUGUCCAACAUGUAAAAAAAUUAACAUUAACAAAACAAGUGACAAUGGAUAUCAUCGUUCCACUAGUGGAACGAUGGAAUUUAAUUCAAUAA